AUGGGACCUACAAAGAAGCCAGCCAUGGCUGGAGUUAACUCUAAGGCUGAGAGGGAAGCCGACUUGGUUAUGGGGACAAAUAACAGCAGUAUUGUCUCCAAACGGAGUGUCGAAAUGCUCUACUACCCCAAGCCUCAUUUCUUUCGCUACUUCGUCAAGAAACCCCAAAGACGAUCGCCUUUGAUCAACCGCGAAUAUUGGCUGCGCAUGCACGCGGUGGCGGAAACAGUGCGCAAGUUUAUGAGAGAACCAUCAGACAAACCUAAAUUUGUCUUGAAUCUGGGAUGUGGAUUUGAUCCCCUCCCAUACAUGCUUCUCAGUGCCGAUAACGACCUGUGUAGAGACACGACCUUUGUGGAUAUCGACUACGCAAAGCUCAUGGUCAAUAAGAAGAAGGCCAUUCGCCAAACCAACGAGAUAACACAACUACUCGAGGAUGUAGAAUUCCUACCUGACGAAAAUGCCCUGCAGAUUCGCAGCAAGCACUAUGUAGCCAUCGGGUGCGACCUGAAGAACCUCACCAAGUUGGACGACGUGCUUAGAGCAGAAGUCCUGCCUUCUGAAUGUGCAGUUCUUUUCCUGGCCGAAGUCUCUCUGACGUACAUGGACGUCAAAUCCGCCAAUGCGGUUGUCAGCUGGGCUUCAAGGCUAAACAAUGAUGCUCAGUUCUGUAUACUGGAACAAUUCUGCCCUGAUGGCCCCGACCAUCCUUUCACUUCGACAAUGAUGAAACAUUAUAAAAAGCUCGGAGCACCUCUAUACUCGAUCCACGAAUAUGCCUCCCUGAACGAACAGGAACAGCGCUUCAAAGACGCUGGCUGGAAACACGCACAUGCUCGAAGCCUCUGGGACCUUUGGUCGGACGAUGAAUUCGUGGACAGCUCGUUGAGAGCGUCACUUGAUGCCAUUGAACCUUUUGACGAGUGGGAAGAGUUUGCGCUUUUUGAGUCUCAUUAUUUCCUUCUGCACGCGUCCACUAGGCCUCAGGUCUCGGAUAAUGCCACAGAAACAGUAACCAGGCUUGAUCCGCAGACGGAUAAAUCUGGUCAUUUCAGAUUACUCGCCAAAUGCCCCCCUGGAAGCGGUCAAAGACGGUUCGGAGCUGUUCUUCCCGAUAGUGAUAAGGCUGGCGGAGGAUAUCACCAAACUCAUGAGUUCCCUCCCGGAGACAUCCCUGCACGGAUGUGCCAUACAGUGACUGGUUUAAGCAACCAAGAUUGCCUUUUAGUUGGCGGCAGAGCUUCACCAGCAUCCGGGUUCAAGGAUUGUUGGGUCAGGCAAGGGAACCAGUGGCGCUCGACUCAGAGCCUUCCGAUCCCCCGAUUCAGACAUAAUGCCGUCAAAGUUACUCUUGAUUCUGAGUAUGUUCUCAUAUAUGGAGGUAAGACUAGCGAUGGCACAACAUUAAACACUUGGUUGGCGUGGAGCAGCAAGCAACAAGGCUGGCAACAAGUUGAGACCAACGAAACCAAUACCAAGGCUCGAUUUGGGGCUUGUUUGGGAAACAUCGACGACAAUUCAGGCGUACUCUUUGGAGGAAUUGGGGCCGAGGGAAAUAUUUUGGGGGAUUUCUUCACCUGGAAGUUGCACCAGCGGAGCGACGGGUCUUUAUUCAUGGAGCUGACCGACCACACCGAGGACUUGCAGAGAACCUCAUCCUUAUUCAAUGAAAUCCAUCGAUUUGGAGCGACUAUCAAUCAAACAGCGUGGGGACUAGUCAUUGUUGGUGGUAUUGUUCCUCGAGAAAUCAUUACACAUGACAAGGAAAUUAUGCUUCUUGAUCCGACAGAGUUAACUAGAUGCAUUGCCAAUGGGUGGCCCUCAAACCACACCGUCAUCUCGGCGCUAGGGCUCGGAAAAAGACUUGACGGCCCGAGGCCCUUACUGGUAGGCCAUGUUUCCUGUGCCAUUGAUCCUAAAGAGGUGUUGAUAUUGGGCGGUGGAGCUGUUUGUUUCCCAUUUGGAACAUACUGGAACGAGGGCACAUGGCUUCUGCAGGACGUGAAUUCGACUUCUGAGAAUGGCUGGACCUUGGUUCCAGAGCCAGUGAAACCAAACAAGUCGCUGUCGGAAAAAGCGACACCCAAGCCACUAGCGCAACCUCAGAACGAACCCUACAGUGCGGCGGAAGUGAUUACCCCAAUCCCUCGCGUAUGUGUCCAGAAUUCCGCACAGUUUCAAGAAAUUUUGGCUGAGGGCAGGCCGGUUAUCAUCGAAGGAUCGGAUAUUGGCCCCUGCACAGAGCUCUGGACCAAAGAAUAUUUGAUACGUGCCGUUGGUGGUGACCACAAGAUCAUUGUGCACGAGGCACAGUCGGAACAUAUGAGUUUCCAGACCAAGAAUUUCUCAUAUACAACCAAAACAUUCGGCACUUUCAUGGACGAGGUGUAUGCAGGCGAUCGUCAGUAUCUUCGAAGCAUCUCUGCUGAACAGCCGACUAAACUACCUGCCAACCUGGCUGCGGAUUUUCCAAGUCUAAGCCAUGAUUUUUACCUGCCAGAGUCGCUCUCCGUAGUAACUGAUAACACUCACAGCUCGCCACUCAGGAUAUCAGGACCGGUCACUUUAUGGCUUCAUUACGACGUGAUGGCGAAUGUCUUGUGUCAAAUCCGUGGCGAGAAGAAACUCAUUCUCUUCCCACCGAGUGAUGUCCAAUACCUUCAUGUGCCUCCUGGGGCCUCAAGCUCUACCAUCAGUAUAUUCCAAAGCAACGGAUCGGUCGCCUCAAUUCCCCAUACGUCGCCACAAGAAGCAGUCUUGAAGCGUGGCGAUAUCCUAUUCAUCCCUCCAUUGUGGCUGCACACGGCAUCUCCCACGGGUGAUGUCAGUGUUGCUGUCAAUGUCUUCUUUCGUAAUUUGUCCAAAGGGUAUGCAGCUGGUCGGGAUGUUUACGGGAACCGUGACCUGCAAGCCUACGAGAAGGCGAGAAAUGAUAUCCAGAAGAUGGCCAAGUCCUUCGAUGGGCUUCCAAGUGAUAUGGCCCGCUUCUAUCUGCUGAGGCUCGCCCAAGAAUUAAAAGACAAGGCAGAAAAAUAA